UCUCACUGCUUUCACACCUAGCAAGUGUAUCUUUCGUUCAGACUAAGUAAUCCGUGGUCAAAAAUUGAAAACUCUUUCUAUAUAAUGCAGAUAAUGCUUUCCUGGAUCUGUUGUCUCACGUUUGUGUUAUUCACAAGUCUUGAUGAGCACGCUGCCGAAGAAGAUAUAAAAUUUAAAGUUUUUUGGAAUGUUCCCUCUCAGCAGUGUUCAAGGAAAUAUGGAAUAAAUGUCACCGACUCACUGAGAAAGUUUGGGGUGCUUGUGAAUACAGGAGAGGAAUUCAAAGGCGACUCUAUUACAAUAUUUUAUUCAAAUGAUCUUGGGCUUUAUCCAAGGAUUAAAGAAGGAACGCACGUUAAUGGUGGACACCCUCAGCUUGCUGAUUUAAGUAAGCACCUUGAGAAGACUAAGAAUGAUAUUGAAAGGUUAAUACCAAAUAAAGAUUUUGAAGGUCUUGCCGUCAUCGACUGGGAAGAAUGGAGACCCGUGUGGGAGUUCAACUGGAGCGGUUUUCGGCAGUACCAGGAAAUAUCACGCGAACUUGUUAAAGCACAACACCCAAACUGGUCAGCCGAAGAAGUAAACAAGAAAGCUGCAGCUGAAUGGGAAGAGGCUGCCAACUUUAUUAGGUUAAGGUGGCUAUGGGAAUCAAGCAGUGCCAUCUGUCCGUCACUUUAUCUUCGCAGCUCACAACUCGACAGUUAUAAUUUUACACAACGUAUUUGGCUCACCCACGGUCGUUUGGCGGAAGCUUUACGCGUCCGAAACUCUGAUGUUCCUGUUUAUCCAUAUAUAAAUUACUUUCUUUAUGGCAGCCACUCACCCGUUCCUGAGGUUAGUUGAUUUGGAAUUUUAGUUCAGUUUUGUAACCAACAACAUGUUUUGAUUGAUAGAACUUUUCAUAAAUCUUACUAUAUUUGGAUGAACCGAAUAUAAGUUUUGGCUUUACCAGAUAAGUCCGCCCAACAGAAUAUUGUAUUGCAGAACAGUGCUGAAUUAAUACCGGCUGAGUUAACCUAAGGAAUAAUACACACACACACUAUAUGUAUGAUACACAAUGAAAAAAAAAAUCUUUAUAAACACUUAAAACAAAAACGCAGUGUUUUUAGUUUUCCUUAAAUUUCUUCAAACAGUUGCUUCUUUUGAAACGUUUCUAAGUUAGGGUCAUCCAUUAGACUAACUAAAUUAGAGAUUUCUAUACAAAACAAAAUUAUCAUCUACCUGGAGUGAAUAAUCAUUCUUAUUCCACACUGGUGGGCGGUGAUAUCUAGACAUUACCUGUAUAAUCAGGAAAGGACAUUGCCCUAACCACAAAGUUGGAUCUAACAGUGCUCUCCAUUGGCAAUAGCAUGUAACACCUUCUUAGAAAAUGACACGGAAAGCAAGGUAAUUUGAAAGAAAAUGAACUUAAUGGUUUUUGUAACCACGUGUGAUGCGUAAAACCUACAAAUACACAGGAUAAAGAAGAAAUUGAGAAUAAAUAUCAAUACUAGAGAAAGAAAAAUUAUUACGUAUUCCUAUAUCACAAAUAAACUGCUAAAUGUAUAAAUUGUGCAAGUCAUAUUUUAUGUGUUUGUUUAUUUAGCUUAAAACGCUAAAAAUUCGGGUUUCGAUACCAGCAGAGAACUCAAAUUACUUAACCCAUUAGGUAGCUUUGAGCUUGAUAACAAACAAAGUAUGGUAUAGUAUGUUAAUUUAAUCAUAUGUUUCAGUGCAAAUACGAGCCAUAUAAGAUCUAAUUUCUAUCGUGCUGGAAUGUGAAUUCCAAGAAUUCAUGGCUUGUGUCCUUUUGUUGUAAAAGAAAAUUGCAUUCUGCACUCUGGAAUCGUGUAUUCGUCGUAAAAGUAACAGUCAACUUGCACUAUUCAAUUAAAGUAGUCCCAGCGUUUGUGGUAGUUACUGCCUUCACUCUAGUCUGUUAGUUCAACAUUAGCGAUGUCUAGCACAUACAGUCAUUGUGUAGUUUUCCGCGAAUAUGCGAAACAUACCAAACCAUUGCAAUUAUAAUACUUCACAGUUCAUAUCUAAUCAAACCAACAUACUAAACAACGAUCGCUACUACCGUAGGUUUUAUACGAAAUAAUGUAACUUUGAUGCAGUGCUGUCAACUUGAAGAUGGUGUCACCAUUCGCCAGUCAAGGAUGGGACUGUAGAGAAUGGAAAAUAACAGAGGAAUAAAUUGGUAUUUAAAUGAUUUAGUGCAGUGAUAUUCUUAUAUUAACAUUUAUUUGUAUUCUUUUAUUUAAAUCUAUAAAUGUGAAAUUCAACAUGUUGUUAACUAUCAACGUGCAGACCAAAUGUGAGGUGAUGUGUGGAUCGUCAGUUAGACCACGAUGAUCUACAUUAAUUUUUUAAAAAUCCAAAUUUCUAGCCAUAUAGCUUUCAUAAUCA